UGCUGUUCUAGAAAGUACAGAGACACGUAGUGAAAAUGGGAGGAUCUAGAAGGAGGCCGUCUCCUGUGUAGUGUAUAUUUAUCUGUAAGUGAGCUGUUGGGGAAGGAAUUAAAUACAGAAACACUGUCUGCUUGCUGCCUUAAGACAGCGAAGCUGAAUUGCUGAUUUGCUUUAACUUUUAAAAUACCCAGCUUGGUUUAUUUUUCUUAGAAUCAUUGUAUUGCUAAGACUGGGGACGCUGUUUUCUUUCACAAAGGGAAUCUAAGUUCAUUUCAAGGCAUUCGAAAUGGGGAAAGACUAUUAUUGCAUUUUGGGAAUUGAAAAAGGAGCUUCAGAUGAAGAUAUUAAAAAGGCUUACCGAAAACAAGCCCUCAAAUUUCAUCCGGACAAGAACAAAUCUCCUCAGGCAGAGGAAAAAUUUAAAGAGGUCGCAGAAGCUUAUGAAGUAUUGAGUGAUCCUAAAAAGAGAGAAAUAUAUGAUCAGUUUGGGGAGGAAGGGUUGAAAGGAGGAGCAGGAGGUACUGAUGGACAAGGAGGUACCUUCCGGUACACCUUUCAUGGCGAUCCUCAUGCCACAUUUGCAGCAUUUUUCGGAGGUUCCAACCCCUUUGAAAUUUUCUUUGGAAGACGGAUGGGUGGUGGUAGAGAUUCUGAUGAAAUGGAAGUAGACGGAGAUCCUUUUAGCGCCUUUGGAUUCAGCAUGAAUGGAUAUCCAAGAGACAGGAAUUCUGUGGGGCCAUCCCGCCUCAAACAAGAUCCUCCAGUUAUUCAUGAACUUAGAGUAUCACUUGAAGAAAUAUAUAGUGGUUGUACCAAACGGAUGAAGAUUUCUCGAAAAAGGUUAAACCCUGAUGGAAGGAGUUAUAGAACUGAGGACAAAAUUCUCACCAUCGAGAUAAAAAAAGGGUGGAAAGAAGGUACCAAAAUUACUUUUCCAAGGGAAGGAGAUGAAACACCAACUAGUAUUCCAGCAGACAUUGUUUUUGUCAUUAAAGAUAAAGAUCACCCAAAAUUCAAAAGGGAUGGAUCAAAUAUAAUUUAUACUGCUAGAAUUAGUUUACGAGAGGCAUUGUGUGGCUGCUCAUUUAAUGUGCCAACAAUGGAUGGAAGAACCAUACCUAUGACAAUAAAUGAUAUUGUGAAACCUGGAAUGAGGCGAAGAAUUAUCGGAUAUGGGCUACCGUUUCCAAAAAAUCCUGAGCAACGUGGUGACCUUCUAAUAGAAUUUGAGGUGUCCUUCCCAGAUACUAUAUCCUCAUCAUCCAAAGAAGUACUUAGGAAACAUCUUCCUGCCUCAUAGAAUGAAAAACUUUGUUACCCAUAUUUUGAUAAGGCACUGAAAAUAUAAAAGGACUGGCCAUUUA